AUGGCAUGUAAAAUAGCCGCCAUGAAUUUGUCUUUGUCUAUUCCAAAUAUUCAAAGUUUUGUCGAAGCAUUAAGUGGUGGCGGUUAUAUUUUUGAUUUACUCGAAAGAAAGUCAAAUAUCGACGCAUCUGUUAUAGCUCCUGCUGAACCUUUGACAAUAACAGGUGAUAUUGAAUUUAAAAAUGUUGAUUUUACUUACCCUACUCGACAAAACGUUCCCAUUCUUCGAAAUAUUUCUCUAAAGAUUCCUUCUGGUAAAACAGUAGCGUUAAUUGGAGCAUCAGGCUGUGGCAAAAGCACUAUUAUUCAAUUAAUACAACGAUUUUAUGAUGUAGAUAAUGGGAAAAUUUUAUUAGAUGGAAAAGAUAUUAGAAUUGUAAAUGUUGGUUCACUUCGACAACGAAUUGGAAUUGUUAGUCAAGAACCUGUUCUUUUCUCUGGUACCAUUGAAGAUAAUAUUCGAUUAAGUAAUCCAAAUGCAACAGAAGAACAAAUUGUGGAAGCUGCCAAAAUGGCGAAUGCACAUGACUUUAUUAUGUUACUUCCGAAAAAUUAUCAAACACGAAUAAGUGAAAAAUUAAGUGGUGGUCAAAAACAACGUGUUGCUAUAGCUCGAGCACUCGUCUCGAAACCUCAAAUUCUAUUAUUAGAUGAAGCUACUAGUGCACUUGAUAAUAAAACUGAAUGUAUUGUACAAGAUGCAUUAGACAAAGCAAAAAUAGGUCGGACAACUAUUAUUAUUGCGCAUCGAUUACAUACUAUAAGAAAUGUUGAUCUUAUUAUUGGAUUAGAACACGGACAAGUGGUCGAAUGUGGAACACAUGAAGAAUUGAUGGAACAUAAGGGUCUUUACUAUGAAAUGGUGACAACUCAACAACAAAAUGAGAAGGAAGAAGAAUCUGAAGAAAUUUCCAAUGAUAAAGAAGAAUAUAGCGAUGAUGUGAAACCCUCCGUUCGAGAAACAUCAGAAAUAAAUCGUAAAACUUCAAAAUAUUCAAUUGAUUCACUCGAAGAAAUAGAACAGAAUAAUGAUAAAGAAACAGAACUCAAUAGAUCUGAAAAGAAACAUAAAAAGUGGUUGGAUAUAUCAUUUUUAUUAAGUAUUUUAAAGCUGAAUGCUUCUGAAUGGUAUUGGAUGCUUACUGUUAUAUUUUCAUGCAUUAUAUUUGGAGCUAUUCAAAUAGCAGCACCAUUUAUUCUUGCUCAGAUCUAUGAAUUAUUUGCCGAACCGAACAUUGAUAAACAGAAAUAUUGGACAAAUAUUUAUGCUGUUAUUAUUUUUAUCAUGGGAGUUGUCUCAGCUCUAGUAGAAUUUAUCAAUAGUAUUGCAUUUGCUAAAUCAGGAGAAGCAUUUGCUAUGCGUAUGCGCAAUUUGGCAUUUACUUCUAUACUACGACAAGAUAUGGAAUAUUUCGAUGAUGAAACAAAUUCUCCCGAAUCUCUUGCUACUCGUUUAUCACAAGAGUCUGCAGCUCUAAAAGGUUUAUCAGGUAUUCGUAUUGGUAAAAUUUUAGAAGCAUUGAUUAUCAGUAUUGGUGCUAUUGUUGUUUCCUUUUGUUUUGGUUGGAAAUUGACAUUCGUAAUCAUUUGUCUUGCACCAUUAAUUACACUUUCAGGAAAACUGUUGAAUCAAAAGAAUAUUCAAACAGUACAAACAAAAGCAAAACAUCUUCCCAAUGGAAAUGGUGAAGAGUAUGCUAAUCAAGCUAUUGAACAUAUUCGUACUGUAGUAGCACUUCAUCAGGAAGAACACUUUUUCAACUUGUAUACGAAUCAAUACGAUCAACAAUUUAAAAAACAAAUAUGCCGUCUAUAUGUAUCGGCACUUGGAACAAGUAUAGCAUUAUCGAUGCCGUUUUUUAUCAAUUGUGUAGCAUUCUCAUAUGGUAGUAAACUUGUACAAAAUAACGAAAUGACAUUUGCUGAUGUAUUUAGAGUCUAUUUUGUUCUUAAUUUUUCAAUGCAAGCAGUUGGACGUUCAAUUGGUGGACUUCCUGACUAUAUCAAAGCGAAGCAAGCAGCCCUUGGAAUUUUACAACUGAGCAAACGUCGUUCAAACAUCGACCCAAACGAUAACUCUGGUAAAAAAUUAGAAGAAGUAAAAGGUGAUAUAGAAUUUCAAAACGUUUAUUUUCGUUAUCCAGCUCAACCUACCAUUCGAGUUCUUAAAGAUUUUUCUUUAAAAUGUACAUCAAGUAAGACAACGGCACUUGUCGGACCAUCAGGUAGUGGCAAAUCAACAUUAAUUAAAUUAAUACAACGAUUCUAUCAACCAUUGAAAGGCAAAAUAUUGCUAGAUGGUCAUGAUAUUAGCGAACUUAAUAUUCAAUGGCUUCGAUCAUUAAUGGGUCUUGUACAACAAGAACCAGUUCUAUUUAAUCUUUCAAUUCGUGAAAAUAUUACUUAUGGUGACAAUAGUAGAUAUAUCAGUGAUGCUGAAAUAGAGAAAGCUGCUCGUGAUGCAAAUAUACAUGAUUUCAUUGCUCAAUUACCAAAAGGUUAUGAAACCUUAUGUGGAGCAAAAGGAAGUCAAUUAUCAGGUGGACAGAAACAACGAAUUGCCAUUGCUCGAGCUUUAAUACGACAACCAAAAAUUCUUCUUCUUGAUGAAGCUACCUCAGCAUUGGAUAACAAAAGUGAAAAACUAGUUCAAGAAACAUUAGAAAAAGCGAAAAUAGGUCGAACUUGUUUACAAAUUGCUCAUCGUUUAUCAACGAUUCAAAAUUCGGAUAAAAUUGUCGUGAUUGAUCACGGAAGAGUAAAAGAACAAGGCACUCACGAUGAUCUUUUGCAAAUGAAUGGAAUUUAUUCACAGUUAGCUUUAAUUUAUGAAACGUCGACGUAA